UUGUGUUUACUGGACGAGCCCGUGUGAGUGGACAUACUCAUCACUGUGGUCAAACGUCCUUCCCUCUGAGUGGUGCUCUGUUACAUUCCUGAUUGCUGUCGCUGCGUGGACUUAUCUUUCCAGCAGUGGGACUGAGGAGAGCAGACAAGAAGCAAAGAGAACGCUGAGGACUAACAGAAGCUUAAGGAACAGUGGGCAGGAUGUUGGUCACCAUGCUAACAACCAUGUACAUGGUGGUCAGAGUCAUAGAAUCGAUAGGAGUACGGUUUGCACGGCAACAGGAACCUUUACCUUAUAUGGUGUCACAGCCUUUGCCUUGGCAGGUUCACUCAGUGUCCCACAGUCGGAGGAGCAGCAGCAAAGCAGAUGAGUUCGAUGGCUUCAGGAGGAACAGCAUAGGCGUGUACAGAAAGAACUUUGUCUCCAUGGCUAUUGCCUCUACCUCUCUGGCUGUCCCCUGUGUCCUGUCGUGCUCAGACUCUAAUACCAGCAAUGGGACGUGCACUCCUUCGCCCGCUCGUCCACUCAGCCCCGUGCCAGUUGAGAAGGCCGCUGCAACCAUCCAAACCCAUUUCAGGAAGUUCCAAGAGAAGAAACAGAAGAAUGGCAAGUAGACACAGAGAGGGAUGAUGGUGGUACAGGUACAGCGAGCCCGAGAGACAAGAGACAGCCCGGGGACAGUCCUACAUGUCCACAAAAUGCACAUAGAUCCACAACUGUAAAUAAACAAAGAAAAAUGGAUUAGUGACAGAAACUUCAGUAAUAUUUUGGAUCUCAUACAGCUGCUAAAACAGCUCAUAUUAAGGAUUAAAAAUUCUAGGUUGAACAUGUACAACUGUGAUAAGAGUGACUGUUAGAGUGUGAGUAUGUUGUCAUUUAUGCAUGACUGACAUUUUUUUUAGUAAAUAAAUAAAUAUGGAGAAAACAAAUUCAA